AUCUCAACACAAUCCAUCAACACAAAACAUAAGAAAAUAUUUUACAACACUACAUUAUACAUUAGAACAAUACUUAAAACAAAAAAUGGCCAAGAUCAAAUCUUUAGAUGUUAUUACUAUCGCAAUAGUUUUGUUGUUGGUGAUUGCAGGUCAAGCAACUGCAAUUACUGUUCAAGCCGACUGUAUUGGACCGUGCAAUGACAAUUGUCAGCAGCUUUGCAAGUCGAAAGGUUAUAAAGACUGGACUUGUGCAUCAUUUAGGACCAAGUCGAGUUGUUGUUGCAAACCACCGAGACAUCCAAUAUUUGAACAAAAUGCUCAAUUGAACAGCUAAAAUCGUUUUUGUAUCGGUUUCAAUUUGUAUGAUCACCAUUUCAAAGAUAAUAAAUUAAUUGAUAUCAUUUUUUA